GCGGUGGUCAGAAGAAGGGAAGGAAGGCAAGGCAAGGGCACGGGCAGGGCAGUGAAGCCAGGGGUAGUAGUAGUGUCGAUCGUUCGUCGCCCACUGGGUGACUUGCGACUUGGGACUUGCUCCUUGCUCCUUGCUCGACGAGAAGGAUUGCAGGACGGACAGGGAGGCGCAAGAGGAAGGAAGGAAGCAGCAGAAACAGAAACAGAAGCAACAGCAGCAGGAUGAUGACUUGAUCGAUCUCCUCUCGCCCGCCCUCCCGCUCGCCCGCCCGCCCGCUUGCCCUUCGCUUCGACCACCGAUUGAUGGCGCACUGCAGCUGCUCGCUCGCCCUCUGCAUGAGUUUGUGAAGCGCUGCUGCUGCUCCGGACACCAGCUUCCUCCGCCGACCGCCUGCUUCGAUCCUGCCAGCGAAUUUCUCAAGAUGAUGGCUGGCGGGGAGGGGCAGAAGGGCAAGGGCGGGGGCGAAUCCGUCGAGCUCACGGCCGGAGAGCAGCAGGUGUCGAAUGCGCUGACGAGGGGCAAGGACCGGGCCAUGGAGUGGCUGGGGGGCCAAAUCUCGGUGUUCGGCAUCGCCAUCGGCUACUGCCUGUCGGCGUCGCUGCUGUCGAUCAUCAACAAGUGGGCGAUCAUGGUGUUCCCGUUCCCGGGGUCGCUGACGGCGCUGCAGUACGCGACGAGCGCGGGCGGAGUGUGGCUGUUCGGCAUGGUGCGCCUGCUGGAGCACGACCGCCUGAGCCUCAAGACCAUGUGGAAGUUCCUGCCGGCCGCCAUCUGCUACUACCUCUCGCUCUUCACCAACAGCGAGCUGCUGCUGCACGCGAACGUCGACACCUUCAUCGUCUUCCGCUCGGCCGUGCCGCUCUUCGUCGCCAUCGGCGAGACUGUCUACCUCAAGCAGCCGUGGCCCUCGCUCAAGACCUGGGCCUCGCUCGGCGUCAUUCUCGCCGGCUCCGUCAUCUAUGUCGGCACCGACUCGCAAUUCAAGGUCGAGACUUACGGCUGGGCGCUGGCGUACCUCGCCAGCAUGUCGAUCGAUUUCGUCUACAUCAAGCACAUCGUCAUGACCAUCGGGCUCAACACCUGGGGCCUCGUGCUCUACAACAACCUCGAGGCGCUGCUGCUGUUCCCGCUCGAGCUUCUGAUUAUGGGCGAGGGCAUGCAGCUCAAGCACUCGAGCGACGACCACUCGGUCGACUACACCUCCAUGACCGUGUGGUUCCCCGUGGCGCUGUCCUGCCUCUUCGGCCUCUCCAUCUCCUUCUUCGGCUUCUCGUGCCGCAAGACCAUCUCCGCCACCAGCUUCACCGUGCUCGGCGUCGUCAACAAGCUGCUCACGGUGGUCAUCAACCUCGUCAUCUGGGAGCAGCACGCCUCCACCAUCGGGACCAUGGGCCUGCUCAUCUGCAUCGGAGGCGGCGUCCUCUACCAGCAGUCCACCGUCAAGCCCAAAGCUCCCCCCGCUGCGCUCGCUGCUCCCAAGACAUUGGACGCGGACGAGGAAUCUGUUCCUCUAGUGCAGUCGCAGGAUGUGGAAUCUGGAGGCAAGAAGGCGUCCCACGCUUAGAAGCGCUCGGACGCCCCUUCGCCCCCUCCUCCUCCUCCUCUCGCCAAUUUCUGUAAUAUAUAAAGAGCAUUUACGAUCUGAGAA